AUGCAGGAGGACAUUGCUACGUUUUUUAAUAAACUGUGGACAUUCGCAAGCCAAAAGCACGAACAGGGCGUUUACAACACCGGCUGUCUGGUUGUCCUUCUCAUACUUCCUCUGAUUGUUAUUCUCACCUUCCUGGCCGUCUGCUGUCACUGCUGUUGCUGUCAUACAGGAGGACGCCGGUGCUGCCGGCAUCGCGAUGGCGCCAUCAACAAAGGAGCGAGGUCUGAGAAGAAGAAGAGGAAGAAUGGCAGCCAGAAAGAGGAGGACUUGUGGAUUUCUAUGGAUUUCAAAGCAGACCCUAUGAGUCUGGACAAAAUGAGCCACACUGUAGUGUGAUAAUAUAUAAUACGCUUAUACACUGAUCAGCCAUAACAUUAAAACACUGUCCAUUU